CUGCUUCUGUUUUCUGACAGAGAAAAAAAAAGCUCCAGAGGAGAAUCUCUGAGGAGGCUGAGUUUAGAAACUUCUACCCGGCUUUGGAGUGACGCUGGCCGGCGGGAAGGAUCUGGAGCACCGGGGUCUGAAACAUGGGCCUCCUGGCGAGGGUCAGGAAAGAGUGGUUCAUUAUCGGGAUAGUGCUGGUCAUCUUAUCCGCCAAACUGCAGCCGAGCAUCGGUGUGAGAGGAGGUCCAUUAAAGCCGGAAAUCACCAUCGCUUACUUCGCUGUCUCGCUCAUAUUCUUCAACAGCGGCCUGUCACUGAAAACAGAGGAGCUGACCAGUGCGCUGCUUCACGUUCGACUGCACCUCUUCGUCCAGUCCUUCACCCUCGUCUUCUUCCCGCUCGCUGUCUGGCUGCUGCUCCGAGUCCUCUCUCUCAGCAGCAUCGACCAAUGGCUGCUCAGAGGGUUACAGACUGUGAGCUGCAUGCCCCCCCCGGUCUCUUCGGCCGUUAUCCUCACCAAGGCUGUCGGAGGCAACGAGGCUGCUGCCAUCUUUAACUCAGCAUUCGGGAGUUUCCUGGGGAUCAUCGUCACCCCGCUGCUGCUGCUGCUCUUUCUCGGCUCCUCCUCCUCCGUCCCGUUCUCCUCCAUCUUCUCUCAGCUCUUCAUGACGGUGGUGGUUCCUCUCAUCCUCGGUCAGGUGUGUCGGGGCUUCCUCAGAGAGUACCUGGACAGGAGGAAGCUUCCCUUCAGCACCGUCAGCAGUGUGGUGCUCCUCCUCAUCAUCUUCACCACCUUCUGCGACACCUUCAGUAACCCCAGCAUCGAGCUGGAGCCCAGCAGCCUCUUCAUCAUCGUCAUCAUCAUCUUCUCCAUUCAGCUGAGCUUCAUGCUGCUCACCUUCGCCCUCUCCACCAGGUCGGGGUCAGGAUUCAGCCCCGCAGACACCGUCGCCAUCAUCUUCUGCUCCACACACAAGUCCCUCACUCUGG